GCUAAAGGAAAUAGGAAACAGUCUUCUGCUCGCGCAGCUGGCGCGCGUUCUGCUGUCAAGUCAAGAUUGUUUGACAGUUGUUGUUCACAAUUUCUGUGAGUUGGCAAGACAAUCACUCUUACUCGUUUUAGCUCAAUGCGUUGCACGACUCCUUCGACUCGCAAUGGAGAGCUAUGUGGAGGGAUACGCAUCCGAGAAUGCUAUGCUACGUAGGAAGCUCCAAAGCAAAACAGAGGCUGUGUUGAUUCUGAGUAAAGACCUCAAUAAAUGUCGCAGUGAACGAGAUCAAUUUAAAUCAAAUCAAGAAGAGCUACAGCACAGAUUAUUAAGUUUGACACGAAAUAUUCACAAUAAAGGAUUGUAUCGCACCUCAUUAUACACUGAAGACGAAGCAGAUGGCUUCAGGCCAGGUGUGACUGUUGCUGAAUUACUGAGGGAUGCUCAGAAACGUAAUAAGGCCUUGCGCAUGGAAAUGGAUGAACUGAAACAGAGGUUGUCUGAAGCUUAUGAAGACAUGGAAGCUCUGCGUUCUAACUAUGCUAGGCAUCGCUGUGGCAAUAUUUGUAGAUGGGAAGGGCAGGUAUUUCCAAAUCAUCCCAAGGAAGAAUUGAUCCAGCAGCUUGAAACCAUGGAUGCCAAGUGCUCCCAACUCCUGAUAAAUCAGCAAGCAUUACUUGAUGAAAGAGAAGAGUUGAUGCAGGAGCGAGAGACAUACAAAUUCAAAGUGCACCGCUUAAAUUAUGAGUUAUCUUCCUUACUGAAAGCAAGAAAAAAUAACAUAGACAUUGAUGCUCUUAUUACUGAGAACCGAUAUUUACAUGAAAGACUGCUACAAACUCAAGACGAGCUUGAGUCUACUCAACGAUCUCUUCAAAAAUAUAAGGCUGCUAUUGAUCAGACAAACAAAAACAUGCUAACACAAGGGAAGAAUUUCUCUCCUUUGUCUCCAACAAAUCGUUUUAUUAGUCAAGGACAAGUGAGAGAAUUGUUAGAUGCAGUCUCUCAACCUAUGAAGUCAAGGACUCCUGCUUUCAUGGAAAACAUGAGAGACGUGUGUCAAGCUUUAUUUGAUUCUUUAGAGGAUAAGAGUCUAAGACUUGCCCAUCAAAAGAAAGCAAACAGAAUAUUAGCUAAAAGAAUAGUGGACCUUGAAUCAUUAGCAGGGGAAAGAGGUUCCACUGUUUUCCCUUCCAUGGCUUUGUUAGAAGGCUAUUCUCCUAGUGAUGCAGCAAACACACUGGAUGAAAUUCAAGUAUCAAAACAAAUUAAAACCAAGGAAGUUCCAAAAACACCUUCAAAUAAUAAACUAAGCAGUGAAGGUGAAAACAGUCUAUGGAGAAGAAACAACAGCUCUGACAGCGAAGAAUGUCAGCCGCUGCCUCCAGGUGUACGUUUACUUGUCCAGCAGGCUUUGGAGGAGAUUCGACAGGAAAAACGACCUAUGGAUGCCAAAGAAUCUUAAUAAAUUUUGUUUUCAAAACCUUGUUCAUAUUUUUCCGUUGUGUGACUUCUUGAAAAGAUUCAUAUACUGUUUUGUUCAUCUAACCUUUUUAAUAUUGUCCAAUCGUUUAAAAAGCAAUGAUGACUUUUAAGUUGUAAUUGAAAGUGAUAUGGUUUUGUUUUUUUUAGAAAAACAAAUAAAACGAGAUGUUUUAAAACGUU